ACUAAUAGUAACAACUCGGAUGAUGAUGAUGAUGAUGAUGAUGAUGAUGAUGAUGAUGAUGAUGAUGAUGAUGAUGAUGAUGAUGAUGAUGAUGAUGAUGAUGAUGAUGAUGAUGAUGAUGAUGAUGAUGAUGAUGAUGAUGAUUCGGAUGAUGAUGAUGAUGAUGAUGAUGAUGAUGAUGAUGAUGAUGAUGAUGAUGAUGAUGAUUUUUCGGUCAGGUUGAGAAUAUGUUAA